CUGUGAGCGAGCUGGCUGGCUCUGAGUUCGUUGCGCCAUUCUGGGCGUCACCAUCCAUGAGCGGCAGUAAAGCAGCGUAUCGCCACGCGAAGAAGGGUAAUUUGCCAUAUCCAUCUCAACGUGUGCCAGUCCCUUGGAAUCGAAACAAAAUUCCCGCCGCUGAUGUCCAUGAUGUAAAGAUCGAGAUUUUCCCUAUUGUUCGAAGCAUGCGUCAACGUAUCUCCAACCGUUGGAAGAAAGGCCAAAGUGCCGAAAUCCUUCAUGAUGCUGCGCCAGGAUGGCUCUGGGGUUCAAAACUGUGAUGAAGAACCUCGCAAACUUUGAAGAGCCAAGUCGCACGCAUCCUGGUCUUGCUCGUGUCAGGGUCCCUGGAAUUUCGUGCGUCUGCGAUCUUCAUUAUAAACUUUUCUUGAGGAUCCAUCAGAGAGUGUAUUUUAGGGCAAGUUGAGGGCAAUGUGCUGGAAAGCCAGCCACGCAAGAUUCGUCAUUCUCUCGAUCUUUCGUAUACGUAUCGGCGUAAUAUGUCAGGCUGCGCAAAGGUAAGCAACCACAAUCUGCAAUAUGCGAACAUACCCGUAGCCUCGUAGCCAAGAAACGAAGGGGCUUGGCCAAGUAUCGGAAGUGGACAUUGCAACAAUGCAAAUGGUUGUCAGAACGAUGAUAGCGUAUCUGCUGCCACCAGCUUGAGCGACAGCUGAGGUGGGAGUUCUGGAACAGGAAGUAAGUCCGCUCU